AUGGUCAUCGAAAAGAUUUGCUGCCUCGGAGCAGGCUACGUCGGCGGCCCUACGUGUAGUGUUAUAGCUCUAAAAUGCCCAAAUAUCAAAGUGACUGUGUGUGACAAAAGCGUCGAGAGAAUAAACCAGUGGAACUCAGACAAAUUGCCCAUUUACGAGCCCGGAUUGGACGAUGUUGUGAAACAAUGUCGAGGCAGAAACUUAUUUUUCUCGACGGAUAUCGAGACUAGCAUUGUGGAGGCUGAUCUUAUUUUCAUUUCCGUUAAUACGCCAACUAAAACGAUUGGUAACGGUAAAGGUAGGGCUGCAGAUUUAAAGUACAUUGAAGGAGCAGCUCGCAUGAUCGCCGAUAUAGCUACCAGUAAUAAAAUAGUUGUAGAAAAAAGCACAGUGCCAGUGAAGGCAGCUGAAAUUAUUAUGAAAAUUUUACGUGCUAACACAAAACCUGGUGUUGAAUACCAGAUUCUAUCUAACCCAGAGUUCUUGGCGGAAGGAACAGCUAUAGUUGAUUUAGUUGAAGCUGAAAGGGUGCUUAUUGGUGGAGAAGACACACCUGAGGGUCAGAAAGCGGUGCAGGAGUUAUGUUGGGUGUAUGAACACUGGAUCCCAGCCAAAAACAUCCUUACCACUAACACAUGGAGCUCUGAGCUAUCAAAGCUAGCAGCUAAUGCAUUCCUUGCUCAAAGAAUCUCCAGUAUAAAUUCUUUAUCUGCUGUAUGUGAGGCUACGGGGGCCGAUGUUUCAGAAGUAGCUAGAGCAGUGGGUCGGGACUCCAGAAUAGGCCCUAAAUUCCUUGAAGCUUCCAUUGGUUUUGGUGGUAGUUGUUUCCAAAAGGACAUCCUCAAUCUCAUAUACUUAUCAGAAUGCCUAAACCUUCCAGAAGUUGCAGCAUAUUGGCAGCAAGUUGUCAAUCUAAAUGAUUACCAAAAAACUAGAUUUACUCGUAAGGUCAUAGAAUCUCUUUUCAACACUGUAGCAGACAAAAACAUUGCAAUACUUGGAUUCUCGUUUAAGAAAAACACUGGUGACACAAGAGAGUCUCCAGCCAUAUAUGUAUCGAAAACCCUUUUAGAUGAAGGGGCAAAGCUCCACAUUUAUGAUCCUAAAGUGGAACAUGACCAAAUAUUCUAUGAAUUAUUACAUCCACUAGUCACAAAUGAGCCAGAAUUAGUUAAGAAAAACAUUGAAAUCCAUGAUUCCGCAUAUUCAGCGGUUUCCGGGGUGCAUGCAAUAGUAUUAUGUACAGAAUGGGAUGAAUUUAAGAAUUUGGACUAUAAGAAAAUCUAUGAAGUUAUGAUGAAACCAGCUUAUAUCUUCGAUGGGAGGAAAAUCUUGGAUCAUGAGGCCUUGCAGCGUAUUGGGUUCCACGUUCAGACCAUAGGGAAAAGGCUGUCGAGGACAAGCAGUAUUCGAGCCCAAGGUAGCCAGACUAUGCCA